AGUGACAGUUGGCACAUUUUGAAGUAAAUUUUUCUCAGUAACAAAAUGGACCCCAAGAAUUUGGCAAUAGGAAUAAUAUUCUUGAUUCAGAAUACAGUUGGAAUUCUAGGAAAUGUCUUUCUUCUUGCCAAAUACCUAGUUAUUUAUUACAAGAAACACAAAGUAAAGCCCUUGGAUUUAAUUCUCAUACAUCUGGUCAUGGUUAACAUUUUGAUCAUUCUCUCUAAAGGAAUGGUCAACACAAUGAUCAUUUUUGUGUUGAAACUUUUCUUCAAUGAUUGGAGUUACCAACUUUUUAUGUAUGUUCUAAGGGUUUUCAGGAUCAUGUCCAUUGCCACCAUCUGUCUCUUGAGUGUCUUCCAGGCCAUCAUGAUCAGCCCUAGGAACUCCUUUUGGAAGAAUCUUAGAGUCAAAUCUCCCAAGGACAUUGGUGUCUACAUUUCUCUCUGCUGGUUCUUGUACAUCAUGGUAAAUGUUCUUUUCCCUUUGUAUAUGUCCAUAAAAUUAAGAAGGAAAAACAUAACAAAAGAGACAGAUUUUAAAUACUAUACUGUUGUAGGUCAUGACAAAUUCACAAUCUUCACAUACAUAGCAUUUUUUGUGUUUCCCGAACUUGUAAUUUCUGUCCUCAUCACCUGGUCCAGCAGCUCAAUGAUUGUCUUUUUGUAUAGGCACAAACAGCGAGUUCAGCAUAUCCGCAGCACUUAUGCAUUCCACAGAAACUCUCCUGAGUCCAGAGCCACCCAGAACAUCCUUGUUCUAGUGUUCACCUUUCUGGCUUUUUAUACCCUCUCUACUAUUGCACAUGGUUGCAGUGCUCUAUUGUCUCAUCAAAAUUGGUGGCCAAUAACGAUCACAAGCAUUAUAACUUUGUGUUUUCCCUCUUUGAGUCCUUUUUUAAUUAUGAGUCAGUCAUCCCCUCUCUCCAGACUCUGCUUUCUUUGGAUAAAGAAUACAGAAUCCUCUAAUAUUAUUGUAACUAUUUAA